AUUCGAAAACGAUACAUAACGGGAUCUCAUCGACAAAGUUCUUUUUUUCUCUGUUCUCAACUUCUCACUCCACCGGCGACCCAGUUCCCCCCCCCCCCCCCCCCCCCGCGGCAGUUUCCCGCGCCCCAGUCCCGUCGAGUCUCCGAUAGCCCUCACCGACGUCUCCGACAGCCUUCUACCGCUAGUUGUGAUGGACAUGGAAUGGAGGGAUAAUCAAGAUGAUUCUCCAGUGAGAGAACAUUGGGAUGGAGGAGCUUACGAUGAUUUAGAACAAAAUGGAACUGAUAAAUCAAGCAAACACCGGAGCAAAGAUAGGAAGAAGAGUAGCCGAGGGGAAGACAAGGAACAUAGGAGUAAAGACCGAGAACGAUCAAAGAGAAUUAGUGAUGAUGUUUCAAAGGAAAGGGAAAAAUCAGCCAGAGAUGCAGAGAAGGAUCGAGUGUCAAGCAGGGAUAGGAGGAAAGAAGAUAGGGAUGAGUGGGAGAAGGAUAGGAGCAGAGAUAUUAAGUUGAGGGAGAAAGACUAUGAACGUGAAAGAUAUAAAGAAAAAGAGCGUGAUAGGGAUAAAGAUGGAAAAGAUCGAGGGAAGGACCGUGAGAGGGAGAAGGAGAGGGAAAGAGAGACAGAUAAGGAUAGUGAUCGAGGACGUGAAAAGGAGAGAGCUAAGGAGAAAAACAGGGAGAGGGAUAAAGAUAAAGAAAGAGAAAAGGAGAGAGAUAGGGCGAGGGAAAAGGAAAGGGAGAAGGAAAGAGAAAGACAUAAAGAUCGGGAGAAGGAUAGAGAAAGCUUUAAGGAUGCAGAUAGGGAGAAGGGAAAAGAUAAAAAUAGGGAGAAGGAGAGGGAGGCAGAUCAAGAUAAAGAGAGGUCAAGAGAUAGAGAAAGAAUGAGCAGGAAAAUUCCAGAGGAAGAUUACAAUUGGAGCAAGGAUGAAGAGCCUAAAAUGGACUAUGAAGAAAAUAAGGUUAGGGAUACUUCAAAGCAAGGGAAGGUGUUCCAUCACAGUGAGACUGAAGAAAAUGCUGAGGGCCACCUGUCGGCAUCAGAGCUUGAGGAGCGCAUCUUGAAGAAGAGAGAAGAGAGAUUGAAUAAAAAAUCUGAAGGUGUUUCUGAGAUUUUAUCUUGGGUGAGUCGGAGUCGUAAGCUUGAGGACAAAAGGAAUGCUGAAAAGGAGAAGGCUUUCCAGCUCUCUAAGGUCUUUGAGGAGCAGGACAAUAUUCGUGAAGGAGACAGUGAUGAUGAAGAACCAAGCCAGCGUACUGCUCAUGAUCUGGCAGGAGUUAAAGUUCUCCAUGGCCUUGACAAAGUAAUGGAAGGUGGGGCAGUUGUUUUAACGCUCAAAGAUCAGAGUAUACUUGCAGAUGGGGACAUCAAUGAAGACACUGAUAUGCUUGAGAAUAUUGAAAUUGGAGAGCAAAAGCGGCGGGAUGAGGCAUACAAGGCUGCAAAGAAGAAAACAGGGAUCUACGAUGAUAAGUUUAAUGAUGAACCCGGAGCAGAGAAGAAAAUGCUGCCACAGUAUGAUGAUCCCACUGCAGAUGAGGGAGUAGCUCUGGAUGAAAGAGGACAUUUCUCCGGUGAAGCAGAGAAGAAGCUCCAAGAGCUCCGUAAGAGGAUAGAGGGUUCUUCCACAAAUAAUCACUUUGAAGAUCUCAGCUCAGCCGGGAAAAUCUCAUCAGAUUACUUUACUCAAGAAGAAAUGCUUCAAUUUAAAAAGCCUAAGAAAAAGAAAUCCUUGCGGAAGAAAGAGAAGCUGGAUUUAGAUGCCCUUGAAACAGAGGCUCUAUCUGCUGGUUUGGGUGUUGGGGAUCUUGGUCCUCGGAAGGAUGCAAGGAGGCAAGCCACAAGAGAGGAGCAAGAAAGAGCUGAGGCUGAAUUGAGAAACAAUGCAUACCAGUCAGCCUAUGCGAAAGCUGAUGAGGCAUCGCAAUCACUGCGGUUGGAACAAACUCUUCCUGUUAAAGUAGAGGAAGAUGAAAAUCCAGUUUUUGCAGAUGAUGACGAGGAUCUUUAUAAAUCUUUAGAAAGAGCAAGGAAAAUGGCACUUAAAAAGCAAGAGGCGGAGGUGGCAUCUGGUCCUCAAGCAAUUGCACUUCUUGCCACCACUAACACCAGCAGAGAAACUGCUGAAGAUCGAAACCCCACUACUGGAGAGUCACAAGAAAACAAAGUCGUCUUUACAGAGAUGGAGGAGUUUGUCUGGGGUCUCCAGCUCGAUGAAGAAGCCCGAAAGCCUGAAAAUGAAGAUGUUUUUAUGCAAGAAGAUGAAGAGCCAAAAGUUUCUGAUGAAGAAAUAAAAGAUGAAGCUGGUGGAUGGACUGAAGUGAAUGAUGUCAGUAAAGAUGAGGACCCUGCUGAUGAGGACAAGGAGGAGACAGUGCCAGAUGAAACCAUACAUGAAGUUGCAGUUGGGAAAGGAUUAUCAGGUGCACUGAAGCUUCUUAAAGAUCGAGGAACACUGAAAGAAAGUAUUGAUUGGGGUGGUAGAAAUAUGGACAAGAAGAAAAGCAAACUUGUUGGCAUUGUUGAUGAUGAUGAAGCAAAAGACACUCGUUCAUCCACUUUGAUCGAUUAUAAGAAGGAGAUUCGAAUUGAGAGGACAGAUGAAUUUGGGCGAAUUAUGACUCCAAAGGAAGCCUUUCGGAUGAUUUCACAUAAGUUUCAUGGGAAGGGACCUGGCAAAAUGAAGCAAGAAAAGCGCAUGAAGCAAUACCAUGAAGAAUUGAAAUUGAAACAGAUGAAGAAUUCAGAUACACCAUCAAUGUCUGUGGAGAGGAUGAGGGAAGCUCAAAUGCAGUUAAAGACACCCUAUCUUGUCCUUAGUGGUCAUGUUAAACCAGGGCAAACUAGUGAUCAUAGAAGUGGUUUUGCUACUGUUGAGAAGGAUCUGCCUGGGGGCUUGACGCCCAUGCUUGGCGAUAGAAAGGUUGAACAUUUCUUGGGUAUAAAGCGUAAAGCUGAGCCAGCAAAUUCUGGUGCGGCAAAGAAGUUUAAACCUUGAUGGUUCUUUUAGGCGGAGUUUUGUAGUGGAGUCAACGCUCUUAUUCUAAUUUUAGUGCCAGCAAAGGACUUCAGUGAGUUGGUUUAUGGUAGGCUACUGGCUGAUCUACAUCUCUGCCACUGACGACUGUAUGUAUAUAAAUUGAAUUUGUUAGUUGUAAUUCGUAACAGAAAAUAUCUAUGAUCUGCAAACUGCUUGGUGAGAUUUGGCUGUGGGGCUACGGCUAUAUAAAAUUCAUAGCAAAAAAUUUUGCUCA